AUGACUGAUGAUCAAUCUGUAAUUAAUAGUGAUGAAAAUAUAUCGAAUGAUAAUAAAGUUGUUAUUUUCUUAGGUCGAACUGGUUCCGGCAAAACAAGUUUAUUUAAUUUACUUUCUAAUUCAAAUCAACGUCUAGGUAAUUCUGUAUCAUCAACAACAAAAAAUUUUUUUACUAAAUCAUCUCAUGAUACAACAUUUAUUGAUACAAUUGGUUUUCGUGAUACAGAAAAUGAAAAUGAACAUAAACUUAAAGUUAUUCUUUUUCUCAAAGAAAUUCGAAAUGGUUUUGAUAUAAUUUUCUAUUGUAUUCGUAUGGAUGUAUUUACAUCAGAUGAACAAAAUCUAUUUUCAGAAAUUUACGAAACAGUAUUAACGAAAAAAGCUUAUAAUAAUUCAUGUUUAUUAAUAACGUUCUAUACUCGUCCUGAUAUCGAUGAAGUCAAUACAUUAAAUUCUCCUGAACGUCAACGUUUAUUAGAUGAAUUUCGAUGUAAUCCGAAAUUUAAUACUAUACUUGAUUAUUUUGAUAAUCGAAUAUUUUUUGUUGAUAUAAGACAAGAAGAAAAUUUUACUGAUUAUUCAUUUGGUAGUACAAAAUAUAUUCAAUAUCAAACAUUAAACGAUAUGAUUAAUGAAAGAAAACAAAUUGUUUAUAAACAUUUAAAUAAAUUUAUCGAAUAUUUUUUUCCCGAAAGAUUUGAUUGUGAAAAUAUGAAAACACUAAGAGAUAUUAUCUAUAAAAAUGAUUUACUUGAAAAACAACUUAAUGAACUAAAAGAAAUUAUAUCCGACAUAGCAAAUGAAAGAUCAACAACUAGUUUUUAUGAACUAUUACGUUUUAUGCCUAUUACAAAUAUGUUUAUCGAUGUAUUCGAAAUAAGUCAACGUCAAAAAUUAGAAAAACGUAUAAAUAAAGUAUUGAAACAUUAA